UCUUCUCCUUAGCUCGUAAGUAACCAAACCUCAAAAAAUAUAUUACACAUCCCUCUCUCUAUGUAAAGAUCAGAUGGAUCAUCAAAACGUACCAAUAACCAAGAAGCUAUGGAACGUCGUACGUUUUCUCUUGUACAUAAUCCGCAAACGCGUCAGAAAACACAAACUCAUCGCCGACUUCAGCGCCACUCUCAAACGCGGCAAGAAUCUUAUGUUCCACCACCGUCGCCGCGUCCACGCCGCCGACUCCACUUCCUCAAACGCUCUAAACGCUGCUUCAUCAGCUGCCGCAACUGCACAUCUAAGCCACAGUAGUCUCUUCUCGUGUGUUCAAACGCCUCAGACGCUUGACGACGACGCAGCCGCUGCUAGAGCAGUUCUUGAGCUUCUUAACGGCGUUAGCGACAAAGGAAACGUUACGCCAGAGGCUUUCUCAAAGGCUUUGUCUCUUUACUUUCCCGGGUUUGGACGGACUCCACUGGUAAGGCCGUUAAGAGUAACGGACUCACCGUUUCCGUUGACCCCGGGAAAUGGUGACGUGGCAAGAAGACAAGUAAACCAAGCGGCUGAUGAUUUCAUAAAGAACUUUUACAAUAACUUGAAUCAGCAGAAAAAGAUGUUAGAGUCCAGCUAAGUGUUUGAUCAUUGUGUAUCUUCAUAUAUUUUUUCACUCUGUUUUUCUUUUUAUUGUCUCCUUUUGCUGGUUCUAUUGCAAAGAUGUAAUGAUGUUUUUGGGGGGUUUUAUUUUCGCAUUUCUGGAAACAAUUGGAUACUAUAUAUGAACAAAAUAUUGUUAUGGGUUAAUUACUAAAAU